AGGGCUCUGGGUCUCCCCCUGGAGCCCCUCUCCGGGCAGGCACACCCUCCCCGCGGGGCCGUCCCGGACCCCCGCGCUCCGCCCCGGAACCGCUGAGCCCCGCGGGGUUUUCUCGCUCGGGAGGAGUUGAAGUGCAUCCCUCCCGCUUACCGGGAUUGCAGCUCGGCUGAGCAUCCUCGCCCCGGUCCCUGCCGGUGAGCUGGGGUGGGCACCGAGGGAGGAAAGACCCUGCUGGGGAUGCCGGGGCUGCAGAGAGGCGCUGGCUGAGCGGAUUGCAGGACAAACCAUUCACAAUGUCAAUCAAAAAAGAAGAUGCCCACAAGCAGUGGGCUGCCCUGAAGGAGAAACUAGGGCCCCAAGACAGUGACCAGUCAGAAGCUAACCUGGAAAAUACAGAGCCAGAGCUGUGCAUCCAUCUUUUGCAAAUGCCAUAGCUGGUGAACUGCUCUGGGCUGAAGAAGUGGCUGGAGAACAGUGAUGAUGGCUGGAUGGUCCAGUACCUGGAACUGUGCAGGCUGGACCUCCUCCGAGGACAGGCCAGGAUUUCUGAUGCCUUGAUUCAGCUCACCUGCAUUAACUGUGUGCAAGCAGUCAUGAACCCCAACAAAGGCAUUGAGUACAUUGUUAGCAACGAGGGCUACGUCAGAAAACUCUUCUAAGCAUUUGACACAACUAACAUCAUGGUCAAAAAGCAAGUAUUUGAGCUCCUGUUUGCUCUGUGCGUUUACUCAUCAGAUGGCCAUGCUUUGGCUUUGGAUGCACUGGAUCAUUACAAAGCAAGUGUUGGGCUACAGCAGGAGGUGAGCUGCUCUCCAGUAUCUGUCCAGCUGCUGUCCAUCCUUCAGAGCCUGCUGCACUUGGAACCAUCUCAUCACUCCAGCCUGUUCCUGUGGGAGUCCUUGGAUGCGGUGUCCAAGGGAACACAGUUGAGGAAGUCAUUGGGAGGUUGCUGUCUAUCAAGAAACAUCCAAACAAGCAAAAGCGAGCUGAAAACCAUUUGUCUGGGAGUGCAAAUGGAGGCAUCCAGUACACCUCCAGCGCCACUAGUGCCUGGUAUUUCUCCACCCCCACCCCUAUUGCCUAACACAGAGGGUAUCCCACCCCCUCCACCUCCUUUACCUGGCAUGGGUGGCAUCCCACCCCCUCCACCUCUCCUGCCCGGCUUAGUAGGAGAUCAUAUAGAAGCUGUGGUGGCUUCCCAGUUCAGCUGCUCUCUUGGCUCAAGCAGGCCUCCCCACAGGACAGUGAAGACACCAACGUUGAGAAUGAAAAAGCUGAACUGGCAGAAGCAGCCCACCAAUGUGGUAAGAGAAAGUCACUCAAUGUGGGCUUCAGUGAGCAGCAUCAGUGAGGAAACCGUAGAGCUCAAUUACACAAGCACAGAGCAGCUGUUUUCCUUUCCACAACCAACCCCCAAGGAGAAAAUGGCCACACCAGUGAAGACAGAACCAAAGGAGAUCACAUUUUUGGACUCCAAGAAAAGUCUCAAUUUGAACAUAUUUUUGAAGCAAUUUAAAUGCUCUAAUGAAGAGAUUGCUGUCCUGAUUCAGAAAGGAGAUAGCUCCAAGUUGGAUGUUGAGUUACUGAAGCAGCUACUUAAACUGCUGCCUGAAGACCCUGGGAUAAACAGCUUGAAAUCUUGCAAAGGAGAAAAAUCAGAACUAGCAAAUGCCAAUCACUUUUAUCUCCACCUCUUGGAAGUUCCUAUCUACCAGUUGUGGAUUGAAUGUAUGCUGAGUUUUGAGGAAACAAAAAUUCUGCUGGAGUGUCUGUGGCCAAAAGCACAAGCCAUCAGGACAGCCUGCGAAACACUUCUUAACAGUCAUCAUCUGCCAGUUUUCUGCCAAUUGAGUCUUAAAGUGGGAAAAUUUCUGAACUAUGGGCAUCACACUGGAGAUGCUGAAGGUUUUAAAAUUAACGCCUUGCUCAGACUAACUGAAACAAAAGCAGACCAAAGUCACAUUACUCUGCUUCACCAUAUUUUGGAGGAGGCUGAAAAAAACCCAUACAAAUCUGUGGCAGCUUCCCAGAGAUCUUGA